AUGGCGCUUGGCAGGGGCUUCUCAUCUUAUCUCGUCACACCAAAAGAGCUUCAUGAAGCUCUCAAGAAAAACCCUCCAUCGCCAAUCAGCACCGAUCCUCGAGUGAUUCCUCUGUGUGCGUCCUGGUUCUUGCCCAACGAUGAACGAUCCGGUAUCCAGGUCUUUAGAGAGCAGCGUAUUCCCAAGGCUCGAUUCUUCGAUCUAGAUAAAGCUAUUGACAAGCGGAGCCCCUACCCACACAUGCUUCCUGACGCCAAAGCGUUUGCAGCUGCUUUGAGCGAGUUGGGCAUUCGAAAGGAGGAUACUGUGGUUGUAUACGACUCAAAAGAGCUGGGCAUCUUUAGUGCCCCCAGAGUCGGUUGGACCUUCAAGAUCUUUGGACAUCCCAAUGUUCAUAUUCUGAACAACUUCAAGCUGUGGGUUGAAGAAGGCUUGCCUACUGAGUCAGGGGAGCUUUACAGUGUGGAGUGCUGCCAGUAUCCUAUCCCCAAACUUGACGAGAGCAAGGUGGCUAGCUUUGAGCAGGUCAAGGAGGUCGCUCUGGAUUUCAAUAAGGAGGGCGCUGAGGGUGUCCAAGUUCUCGAUGCUCGGCCAAGUGGAAGAUUUUCGGGUAAGGAUCCUGAACCGCGGGAGGGUCUCUCAUCAGGACAUCUUCCUGGCUCCAUGAGCUUACCAUUCAGUGCUCUUCUGGAUCCCGAGACUAAAGCUUUCCCAUCACCCGAGACAUUGCGAAGCAUACUACAAGGCAAGGGCGUUGAUCCUAACAAGCCCAUCAUUUCGAGCUGUGGCACCGGUGUCACUGCGUGUAUUAUUGAGACUGCCUUGGACGUUGCAGGAUACGGCUCACCCGAGUCACGGAAGGUAUACGAUGGAAGCUGGACGUGA